GGAUGGACCCGCAUACUCUCAGUUAUGCAUCUCCCUGAACUUGAUCAUAGGGAAUUUGUUCAUGAAUCUCUAAUUAACGGUUGUUAUUUCACUCUGCAUGCACUUGCGUUGAUCAAACUCUCUCAAUGUCAAUCGACUGCGGAUGAGGUGCACAUUUUGAUGUCUUUAAAUGAUUGGAACACAUCAGCUAAUCCUAAUCAAAGUAAUGAAGGCAAGUUAUUUCUAUUCUGGAAUAAAAUACUUGAAUUGUGUACGCGACAACUACGAAACAACAACAAAUCGUUAGUUACUUCAACUCUAGUGCAAACGACAGGAUGCCUAAUCACGCUGGGAGAAGACAAAUCUGGCCUUGGAUUGUUCGGAGUAAUUGGAUUGGGAAAAAAGUCAAAUUUUUCUUUAAGAUUUCGAGUUGUUGCCAAUGCCAUGGCAGCCUUCAUAGCCAGCAUGUUGUGCAGGGACGCCAGCUUGCAACAAUCCACAACAAGCCAAGCAGCUAGCCAAUUGAACCAGCAAACAACUACGAGAUUGAAAAACAUGUUAGCCGACAAACAAUAUAUUAAUUACAAACAACAAAUACAGCUCGCCUGUCAAUUCAUUGUUGAUAACCACCUGUCUAUUUUUGAUUUCAAAUAUGUUUUUUGGAGUGUGGUUAAACCCUUGUUUUCAGACAUCUAUUAUUUAGGAGUAUUAAAAUGUGAAAUGUGA